CUAUACAAGGUGAGUAGGCAUCUCGCCAGUGCUCCAUGUCUAAACUGUGCCUUCGCCUAGGUUCGUCGACCAGUGCAAUGACAUGUUCUCUGUUAUGGUAUCUGUUCAGGUGACAACCUCUGCCGUAUGCAUUGUCAUCACAGUCUUCUCGCUGCUCACCAGCGACUGGAUCGGAGGAUAUUGCUAUUUCUGUGUGCUCGUGCCCAAUAUGUAUCUCUACUGCAUACUAGGCACAAUGCUCGAGAACUGUAGUGAAAAAUUCAUGUACGAGAUGUACAACAUCUCGUUCUACAAUCUCAAUCCGAGUCAACAACGAUUUGUUCUCUUCAUGCUGGCCAGGAGCCAGCAGCCAGGCGCAAUCCUGCUGCUCGGAGUGAUGCCAUUGUCGGUCAGCAGUGCUCUGCAGGUAACCAAAAGUAUCUAUAGCAUUACCAUGAUGAUGGCUAGAUUUUUACAAAAGUAAUCAACACUUGAUGCGCAUCUGAUGAACAUUUGGUGCUUAUAUAUAAAUCUGAUAUUAUAGUCGGUGUUCAGGCAACUCGCAGCAGGUAGUUAUAGCAGCCAUUUGGCUGGCAGCACCAAACGAUUUAUGAAUUAAUUAAAUGUUUACCAACUAGCAACAGAGCUGUUUUAUGUUCCCUUGCCGGCGGAAAGGAGCUGCUGCUGCCACCUGGUAGCUUAUGGGAUGAAUUGCUAGCGAUAGUUUUUUACCCAGGCGGCAGCGUGUCUUGCUGCCUGUCUUGGCAGCGUGUCUUACGUUUUGCUGCGUCACUUUUAUGUUUUAUUACUUGACUUCCGCCAGCCGCAGCAUAAAGCUGCCGUGCACACACACACACACACACACACAUAGGUAAAAUAGGAGCAGCAUGUCGAAGUCAGCGUAAAAGCGCAAUUGCAAGACGGCCGAUUGGCGCUCGUGUGCGUGUGUGUGUACAUCUGUGUUUGUGUGUGUGGGAGCACGGCAAGCAUAAAAAGCGGCUUUAGCUGGCUGUUAUGCCCUGUUUGUUGUUGGCUUCAGCAGCAGACAUGUCCUGGCCCGAGCGCUCGCUGCCUGGAAUUCCAAUUCUCGCGAGCUUUCGCUGCCUGCUUGCAGCAAUUUAUGAUUUAAUGGCAGGGCAACCAUGCUUUAUUGCAACUUUUGUUGCAUUUUGUAAAAUUGAAUUAUGUGCAAUAGUCGUUUCGAGCGAUGGCGAGCAAAGGUAAGCGGAAGUGCAUCAUUAAACGGGAGCAAUGACCGCCGCAUAAGUAACUCCUGCUGUUGGCCAACGAUCCAGCAGGACAGUCACUACAUUGCAAUAUAAUCAGGGCAGUGCCUAUUUAAGAAUUCU